AUGGAUAUUCUACUAUUCCUGUAUGCUGCUGUGACACUCCUUGGGUCAACCUACAGCUGCCCUGAACCUUGCUCUUGUGUGGAUAAAUACAAUCAACAGUUUGCUGACUGUACCUACAAGAAGCUGCAAAAGGUCCCAACAGGUUUUCCUUCUAAUGUUACAACUCUUAGUAUUUCAGCAAACAAAAUAAGUUCUUUAAAGAAGUCUAACUUUAUUGGGGUGCCUCAGGUGACAUCAUUGUGGUUAGCUCACAAUGACAUUAGUACUGUAGAAAAGGGCUCUUUAGCCACUCUGCUGUAUCUUAAAAAUCUGGAUAUUAGUCACAACCAACUUGUGGAUUUUCCCUGGGAAGAUCUGGCCAGUCUGCUUUCUCUACAGCUAUUGAAAAUGAACAACAAUCGCAUGGUCAACUUGCCAGUGAAUGCUUUUGACAACUUAAAAGACCUGAGGUCUCUGAGGAUCAAUAACAAUCAUUUUUCUGUUAUUCAUGAGGGAACCUUUAAACCUUUGGUUUCCUUACAUCAUAUCCAGAUUUACAAUAACCCCUUCCAUUGCACUUGUUCACUUAUGUGGCUUAAAACGUGGACUGGAGAAGCACAAGUUACUGUGGCAGAGAAGGACUUAAUCGUGUGUGCUUCACCAGAAGAUCUUCAAGGAAAGCCACUUUCUAAAAUUCCAGAUUUACCAUGUGGAGCUCCUGCUGUGCAGCUAAGCUACCACCCUAACCUUGACAGCACAGAAUUAUAUGAUGGAUUCACUCUAACACUUCACUGCUUAGUCACUGGUAGCCCCAAACCAACCAUACAAUGGAAAGUUCAUAAUGCAACUAAAGAAACUGAGAUCAAAUUGCCCACUGACACAUCCAAAGCUGAAGUAUCUGGACACUUUGUGGUUUAUCAGAAUGGAACUCUAGUUAUCCCUCACCUUAGCAAAAAAUUAGAGGGGGCCUAUACUUGUUUGGCCACUAAUGAGAUGGGAAGUAGCCAGAGUUCUGUAAAUGUCUCGGUGGCAGGCAGUCAAAAAUAUCUAACCAAGGUUGAGGAUCCAGCAUCAGGAAAAAUACCAGUGGAUGGAAAGAAAAUAGUGUCUAAAGUUUCAGGGAACAAUGUUAUCAAUCCAGAUAAAACUGAAGAAAAAAUAAAGGCUGUUAUUCCCACUGAGCAAACAAAUGAGAAUAGUCUUGAGGAUAUGGAGCAUCCACAUUCAGAUGAGAAGAAAUGUGGACCAAAGGUGGGAGGGUUGCAUGUUUCCAACCAUGCAUUCAAUGACAGUGCUAAUUUAAAACCUCACCUCUUUGAACUGGGAGUUAUUGCUCUAGAUGUUUCUGAAAAAGAAGCUAAAGUUCAGAUUACUCCUUAUAGUACACGUCCAGGAAUACAACCGCUCAAGAUGCUGUACCUAUGCCAAGAAAGUCCCAAAGGGUUUUCUGUGGUUCAGUGGUCAGAAAUUGAAUAUCGAGUAAACUCCUACUGGUUUCAAGGCCUAACUCCUGGCACUAACUACUCUGUAUGCUUAACAUAUAAAGGAGAAGACUGUCAUGUGCAAGUAGUUUUCACCACUAAGAAGGAAGUGCCAUCUUUGAUCAUUAUUAUUGUGGUAAGCAUUUUCCUUCUUGGGUUGGCCACUAUUCCUCUAUUGGGAGCCUCUUGCUGUCAUUUAAUUACAAAAUACCAUGGCAAAAAUUACAAAUUAAUAAUGAAGACGCACAAACCAGAUCCCGAAGAGAAGCACAUGGCUGCUGAUUUUGAUCCUAGAGCUUCUUUUGUAGAGUCAGAAAAGAACUCUGUCCCUAGCGAAGCUGGUGGAGAUGAAGGUGAAGCAGAGGCAGUCCCAGCAGAAGAAGAAGAAGCAGCAGCAGUUGAGAGAGAGGCUGAGGGAAGUGUGUUAGAAGAGAACCUUCCAAACUCCCAAUCUAAAACAAACCAGGAAGAGUUUGAAGUUGGAUCAGAGUACAGUGAUAAGCUUCCAUUGGGUGCUGAAGCAGUCACCAUCUCUGAGGAGAUUAAUGGUAACUACAAGCAACCUGCACGCUGA